AUGGAUUACAGUUCGAUUGUCUUUCGCGAGUUUACACAUGAAUCAUUUCGACGUAUUGAACGUUAUCGACAAGAAGAAGCUGAACGUAUUGCUUCUGAACAAUUAGAACAACAAACUAUAUGUGGAGAUAAUAAUGAUAAACGUCGUCGUAUGACUAAGUCUUCAAAAGAUGAACCAAUAGAACCUAAACGAAUGCCUAAUAAAGAAUUGGCCGUUGGAGAAACAUUACCACGAAUUUUACAACAUAGAUUCCCACCUGAACUUAUCGGAAAACCAAUUGAAGAAAUUGAUGCGUACUAUCGCACAGACUAUACAUUUGUGGUUAUUAAUCGAAAUAAAACCAUAUUUCGAUUUAGUGCAACAUCAGCUUGUUUUAUAUUUUCUCCAUUUAAUUGUUUUCGACGUUUAGCCAUACUUAUAUUAACACAUUCACUGUUUAGUACCUUAGUUAUGCUUACUAUUUUAACUAAUUGUGUAUUUAUGACACUUAAAAAUGCCCCAGAAAUAAAUGAAUAUAUUUUUACAGCAAUUUAUACUCUUGAAGCAUUAAUUAAAUGUGUUGCACGAGGAUUUAUUCUACAAAAAUAUACAUUUUUACGUGAUCCAUGGAAUUGGUUAGAUUUUAUUGUAAUUGUACUUGCAUAUAUAACAUUUUUUAUUGAUUUGGGAAAUGUUGCAGUACUACGAACAUUUCGUGUAUUAAGAGCAUUAAAAACUGUUGCAGUUGUACCUGGUUUGAAAACAAUUGUUGGAGCUUUAAUACAAUCUUUUAUUUCUCUACGAGAUGUAUCUGUUUUAUCAAGUUUUAUUCUUUCUAUAUUUGCUUUAAUUGGAUUACAACUUUAUAUGGGUGUUCUUCGACAAAAAUGUGUACCAACUUAUGAAUUAUUUUUAAAUAAUUCCAAUCUUUCUAGUACUGAAUUUAAUAUGACAUAUGAAGCCUAUUUGAAUGAAAUCGGCAAUGAAACUUAUUGGUAUAAGGAAAAUGAUAAUUUUCUUCUUUGUGGUAAUGCAAGUGGAAGUACGAAAUGUCCUUCAGGUUAUGUUUGUUGGAGAAAUCGAGGCCAGAAUCCUGAUUUUGGAUAUACGAGUUUUGAUAAUUAUGGUUGGGCUAUGCUUGCAUGUUUUCGAUUGAUGACACAAGAUUAUUGGGAAAAUCUUUAUCAAUUAGUAUUGUCAGCAGCUGGUCGUUUUCAUUUUCUAUAUUUUGUUGCAGUUAUAUUUUUUGGUUCAUUUUAUUUGGUUAAUUUAAUCUUAGCUAUUGUCGCCAUGUCUUAUCAACAACAACAAAAAGAAGUUGAAGCUGAAAGCGAAGAACGUGAAAGACGUAAAAUUCAAGAUGAACUUGCAAUACAAAAUGAAGAAGCACGAGAAGCAUCUGAAGCACAGGCACUUCUACAUGUUAAUAAUGAACAAUAUGAUGAUAAUGCACUUGGUUUCGAAGAUUCAAAUCGUAAAACUUCAUAUACUGAUGGUUCCAUGGGAUAUGAACAACAUGGAAAAAAAACUGAAUUAAAUAACAGACGAUCAUCGCAAGCAUCAUCAUCAAUGGUUCAAUUUAAUAAGUCAAAUUUAAUUUUGUCUAAUGCAACAAUAAUUGAUGGAGCAAUAGUACCAUUAUUUGAUGAAAUACAGCAAAAUAGUUCAAUAAAUGAGGAUAGAGAAAGUCAACGAAUGAGUGGUUUUUCUGAUUUAUCAGAACGAAAUGAAAAUGAUAAUGAUUCAACUAUUAUACUUUAUCAAGACAAACCUCAUAUAAAAUAUGCUCCAAUUAGUGACAUAUUACCUACUCAAGAAUCGGAUAGAACCAGUAGUGCUGUUGCUUUUUUUAUAUUGGAUGCAUUUGUUGAUUUAUUUAUUACAAUAUGUAUUAUAUUGAAUACAUUAUUCAUGGCACUUGAUCAACCUGGUCAAAGUGAAAAAAUGACACGAAUAUUAACAGCAGGCAAUUAUGUUUUUACAAGUAUAUUUGCAGCUGAAUCUAUAUUAAAAAUAAUUGCAUUGACACCAGCUAAAUUUUUAAAAAAUGGAUGGAAUGUAUUUGAUUUAGUAAUUGUUACAGUUAGUGUUAUUGAAUUAGGUCUUGCUGGUGUAAAAGGUUUAAGUGUUUUACGUUCAUUUCGAUUAUUACGUGUAUUUAAAUUGGCAAAAUCUUGGCAAACAUUAAAUCGUCUUAUGUCAAUUAUUGGUAAAUCAAUAGGAGCUCUAGGAAAUUUAACAUUAGUUCUUGCUAUUAUAAUAUUUAUUUUUGCUGUUAUGGGAAUGCAGUUAUUUGGUCACAAAUAUGCAGAAAAAUUCGGUAAAGAUAUGCCAAGAUGGAAUUUUUUUGAUUUUUUUCAUUCAUUUAUGAUUGUUUUUCGUGUCUUAUGUGGUGAAUGGAUUGAAUCAAUGUGGGUAUGUCUUGAAUGUGUUGGAUGGCCAUGUAUACCAUUUUUUCUAUUAACAUUUAUCGUUGGUAAUCUUGUGAUAUUAAAUUUAUUUUUGGCUUUGUUACUUGCAUCAUUUGGUUCAAAUGUUUUAACUGAAAAAGAUGAUGAUGAAAAUAAAAUUGGUGAAGCAAUUGAACGUAUUCAACGAUUUGUUCAUUUUCUAAUUGAAUUUAUUCUUGGUUGUUUUUGUCGGAAAAAACAACAACAACAACAACAAAGAAAGAGUUUUAUCGAAAAUGAGAUCAAUGAAUUUGCAUCUGAUAAUCAAUCAAUAUCUGCUGGACAAGAAUCAGUCAGUUAUCUUCCUUUACCAACAUCAUAUACAUUAGAAGAAUCUAAUACUUCAGUACUUUUAAAUGAUGAUUUAGUAACAAAAUAUGAAGAAAUUGAAAUGCAACCAAUGAAUAAUAAUUCUAUAACUUCACCUCCAACAUGGCAAACGCUUCAUAUACCACCAGAUUGUUGUCCUAACAUUAUAUCAAAACAUUUUUCUUGUUGUACUAAAUGUAUUCCAAAAAUGAUUCAAGAACGUUGGACAUAUGUUCGUAGUCUAGCUCAUCGAUUUGUUGAACAUCAAUCUUUUGAAUGGAUUAUUAUUAUUAGUAUAUUAGCUAGUAGUACAACUUUAGCUUUAGAAGAUGUUAAUACACGACAACAACCAACUUUUUCUGAAAUUUUAGCUGUAUUUGAUAAGAUGUUUACAGUUAUUUUUACAAUGGAAUUAAUAUUAAAAUGGUUUGCAUAUGGAAUAAAAAAUUAUUUUACAAAUGGUUGGAAUUGGUUAGAUUUCGUUAUUGUAGUUGUUAGUGUUCUUGGAACUGCUCUUGAUAUAUUUGGUGUAGCUGAUAUUCCAGCAUUUAAAUCAAUGAGAACAUUAAGAGCUUUACGUCCAUUAAAAGCAUUAUCAAGAUUUGAAGGAAUUCGUGUUGUUGUUAAUGCAUUAUUUGGUGCUAUACCAUCAAUAUUUAAUGUUUUACUUGUUUGUCUUGUAUUUUGGUUAAUAUUUUCAAUAAUGGGUGUACAAUUAUUUGGUGGAAAAUUUUAUAAAUGUGUUUAUGUUGAUACACAUGAUCGUGUUAAUAUAUCAGAAAAUGUAACGAAUAAAAUUGAUUGUUUAAAUAAAAAUUAUACAUGGGAAAAUUCACGAAUUAAUUUUGAUAAUGUUCUGAGUGGUUAUUUGGCUUUAUUUCAAGUUGCAACUUUCAAAGGUUGGGUUGAAAUAAUGGCUGAUGCAACUGAUGCUAAAGAAUUAGACGUUCAACCAGAAUAUGAGACUAAUAUUUAUAUUCUUAUUUAUUUUGUUUUAUUUAUUAUAUUUGGUUCAUUUUUUACUCUCAAUUUAUUUAUUGGUGUUGUUAUUGAUAAUUUUAAUCAACAAAAACGAAAAUUAAGAACUGAUGGUUCAAUAGAUAUGUUUAUGACAGAAGAUCAAAAAAAAUAUUAUAAUGCUAUGAAAAAAAUGGGUAAUAAAAAGCCAACUAAAGCAUUACCAAGACCAAGAUUUGCUCUUGCAAGAUUUCUUUUUGAUUUAACAACAAGUCAAAAAUUUGAUAUAUUUAUAAUGAUAUGUAUUUUUCUUAAUAUGCUUUGUAUGUGUCUUGAACAUUAUGAUCAAAGUGAUACUUAUGAUCGUAUUCUUGGAUAUAUUAAUCAUUGUUUCGUUGCAAUAUUUACUAUUGAAUGUAUUAUGAAAUUAAUUGCAUUAAAUUUCAAAUAUUUUACUAUACCAUGGAAUAUAUUUGAUUUUGUCAUUGUAAUUGCAUCAAUUCUUGGACAAACACUAGGAGAAAUUAUGGCAAAAUAUUUUGUAAAUCCAACUCUAUUGCGUGUUGUUCGUGUUGCACGUGUUGGGAGAAUAUUACGUCUUGUGAAAGGAGCGAAAGGUAUUCGAACAUUACUUUUUGCAUUAGCUGUUUCAUUACCUGCUUUAUUUAAUAUUGGUCUUCUUCUUUUUCUUGUCAUGUUUAUUUAUUCAAUAUUUGGUAUGUCAUUCUUUGCUUAUGUAAGAAAAUCAGCUGGUAUAACAGAUUUAUUUAAUUUUGAAACAUUUCCUAAUUCAAUAAUUGUACUUUUUCAAAUGUGUACAACUGCUGGUUGGUCUGGUGUUUUUCAAGCAUUAACAAAUGAUCAACCACCAGAUUGUGACCCAACUAUAAAUACACCAUCACAUAAAGGUGAUUGUGGUGAUACGAUGAUUGCAACACCAUUUCUUGUGAGUUAUGUAAUAAUUACUUCUCUUGUUGUGGUAAAUAUGUAUAUUGCAGUAAUAUUAGAAAAUUUUUCUCAAGCACACGAAGAUGUGGAACAAGGUUUAACCGAUGAUGAUUAUGAUAUGUAUUAUGAAAAAUGGCAACGUUUAGAUCCAUCGGGUUCACAGUUUAUGCGAUAUGAUCAAUUAUCAGAUUUUGUUGAUAAUCUUGAACCACCAUUACGUGUACCUAAACCAAAUCAAUUAGUACUUGUUGCUAUGGAUUUACCAAUAUGUGAACAUGAUCGUAUGCAUUGUGUUGAUAUACUUGAUGGUCUUACAAAAUAUUUCCUUGGUACACUUGAUAUACCAGUAGCAAGUACGGAAACGAAUUCACCAAUUAUUAUAAAAAAAGAUCGUCCAAAAGAUUAUCAUCCCAUAACAACAACAGCACAGCGUCAACGUGAAAUUUAUUUAAGUCGACUAGGUUUAAAAAGUUUUCGAACUAAUGUUGAACGACAUCGUAAUGAACGAAAAAAUCAAGAAGCAUUACUUAGAAAAACUACGAUUGAUGAACUCAUUGAAUCAGAUGAAUUAAAAACACCGACAUUAGGUAUCGAACAAUAA